CUUCUAUUUUGCGAAUCCCCACAACCCGCUUUCUUCAUUGACCGGCAGGUAAGCCGUGUGGCUUGUUUUCUAGAAGUUGCGACUGGGAUAAUCACGCGUCGAAAUUACAGUACGCGUACGGAUCCGUACUUCUCGCAACAAUCUUGGGUAAUUAACUAAAUUUACUGAUGCUUAUCUCUGGCGAAACGUUAUUCAAAGCCUACCUAAUUGUUGGAUAUAUGGAACCUAUUAGUCCAUACUCUUCCCUCCCCGAAUAAAACAACAACAAAAACAAGACACUAAACUUACUAAUUCUUCGUCAAAUUUGCUAUAUUCAAGACCGGAAAUAUGGUGGAGACGCGGAGUGGAGUUCGCAUUCCAGCGAAAAGUCCUAUCAAAGAUGCAGAGCAAAUACAGCAACACAGUCCUGGCCCUAGCCCAGAAAACAUCGAUAGCAACGAGGAUGAAAUCCCCCACGUCAUAUCACCUAGUCGCUCCAUUGAUCCAAACAUAAGGUCGCUAGACCAUCGUCGAAACUGGAACAAAAAGUCUGGGGAUGACUUAUCUCUACACUUCAGCCCGUCUAAAAGACGAAAAACAGAGCCCUUAGCUACUUCUAGAGAUGCACAUUUAUAUCCAACACCUGCAUCGCCCUUGGUUCGACUACCAAGUAGAAAGGUAGUUUCUGGAAAACCAAGCAGAACCUCGAGCCCGGAAGAUGCUGUGCCUCCGGGACUCGUAAGUAGGGUCAAUGCCGCGUUCAAAAAGAAAGGACGUGGAGAGCACCAACGACAUUCAGAGCCUGCAAAUAGUCAAUUAAAUAAUCUAAUCACCGGUUCGCAAAAAAGUGAGGUUGUGCUGGAAAGUGCCAUGAUCAAUACUGGGGUUCAAUCUAAUCAUAACGAGAAAGAAGGCCUACAGAAACCUCUGGAAAAUGAUGAUGAUACAACUGGCACAUCCGGACGUGGCAAGUCUUCGCCUAUACCCGUUACUGACCAUGAGAAGGAACAUGAAGCGGAUGCUGGCCCAAGUAACGAUGGCAUUGCUCAACACGGCUCAGGUGAAGCUCAGAGCCAGGCCGACAUAUGGGAUGUACCCAUGACACCAUGUCAAAAACCAUCAACCAGGCGGUCAGGAGUCUCUGCUUCGGAGGGGCUUCCUGUACGUGCAAGACGUAUCGAAGUUCAUAUUCCACAACGUGGCUCAAAGCUCGCUCAACUUUCUCAGACGGGACGAGUUCAUAAUUCUGAGCAUCCCGGUCCUGUGUUAGAAGGAGAUGGAAAUGGUUCACCAGAACUGGGACAGCCGGAGGUUGAAGUUAGUGCACGAGAUGUACAGGGGGACGAUAAAGCGGUUAUUACUUUAGGACACAUUAAUGAACUUUCUUCAGAUGACGAAGAUCUCUCGGACUUUGACUUUUCCGAAGAUGGUUUUGCUCAGGACUUAGCAAGGUUUCGAGCCCGAUAUCCCAAAGGCUACAAAGGUAGUGAAAUAACCCAGAGACCUCAAGAAGAUGAUCUUACUGCUCAUCUCGAUCCUUCUGGCCUGAGAAAGGCGCUUCAACUUAUGGGACAUGAUGCUUGGUCUGGCAAAGGGCGAAAGUGGCAUGAGCGGCCAUUUUACUUUGAUUAUAUGCAGCCUGGUCCCGUCCGAACUCUGCUCAAGCUUCUGACGAGACUGGAGAGGUUACUUGUAGCGGCACCGAAAGCUCCUCGAAUUGAAGAGCAGAAUAAGUUUUUUUAUGAGCAUAACGAUCUCCUUAGCUAUUAUUUCUCGAAGAUAAAUAGUAUCAUCCAUCAUAUUCGGAAAUUGAGCCGAUCACAACGAAAGAAGGAGAUUAAAAAGCACGACCAAAUGGCCAAGGACAUCGCCUCGCUCGCCAUUCCUAUGCUAUUUCAUGUUCUGGCAUCUGCAUGGUGGCUAGGGGGUGAUAAGUAUGGGUUUCGCGCGUCAUUCACAAUUUCCACCAUUGAAUUACUUAUGAGGAUACUUGGUUGGAUUGGUCCCUUAUACCGCCCGUUGCUCAGAGCGCAAAGACAACAACCUGAUGUUGAAGAAGAGGAAGAGGAAGAUAAAGACACUGCACCCCAGAGAAAAUACAGGCGCAUAAAACAGCAGAAACGAGAAGAACUUGAAGGAAUCUUGAAUGAGUUGAAGGAGGUUGUCGAGGCCGGCCCGGAUAUGCUUGAGAAGGAAGAAGACCGCCGGAACCAGGAGUACCACAUUCGUCAGGAGCGAUUGAAACGACAGGAAGAAAUCAAAGCCAAGUUAAAACAAGAUGAAGAAUUGAUGAUGAUGGCCAUCCAAGAACAGAAGCGGAGGUCGCUGUUGUCUCUCAGGCAUGUGUACAUACCGCUGUCACAAUCACGACUAUCGACGUCUACACGACAAUCAUCGGCCCAAGAGCUGCCACAGAUCCAACCGUCUCAAGAUGCCAAUGAUUGGACUGUCGAAGAGAAGAUAUACCUCUUCAAGAAAAUACAGGAGUCAUACCCUAAUCUGCUAGACCUGGAUGACGUUCGAUGGUACCUUGAUAGAACCCUGGCUGAUACCGAGGCAAUGGCGGAAGAACUCUUAAACCAGAUGCUAGAAACUGUGCGUCCGGAACAAGCUGCAGCGGACAGAAAUGCGCAUGUUCAAGAAAUCAUGCAAAAUUACAGGCGUACAUGGGGUCAUUGAGUUGAGUUGGUUUGGGGAUGAAAAGUGAGUUAGGUAUAGGUUGGGUACCUCUAUACCCGUGAGCAAUGCGCUUUAGCCCUUAGGUUUCGAAAUAUCAAGUUUCACAAUUCAAAGUUACAAUACCCCGAGUCUUCAGAUUUGCG